UACCUAUAUUUGUUUUGCGUGGUUUUCCUCUCUCCGCGCGAUUAUUUUCCCCCUUCUCCCUUGCGAAAGGCCGUGAGAUUCCAUUCCGUUAUGUCUCCGGGAUCUCUUCCAGUCUUCCUGAUUAGAUUCGCUGUCGGAAUCCAUUGAUCUGCCUGAAUCUUGUUGUAGCCAAGUGAGUGGAUUGGAGAGUUGCAGUUUGAUUUUUCCGGGUAGGGUUUGUGUGUAGUCCAAUAUUCAUUGGAACUUUGAUUUGAUUCGGGGGUAUGGCUUCGAGUUUCGACCGGUGGGAGAAGGAUCCAUUCUUCUCUGCAGCUGAGGAAGUUCAGGAAUCCGCUGACAGGAUGGAAUCGACGUAUCGAACAUGGGUUCACGCGAAGAGUGAUGCUGCCAAGGAGUGGAAUCUGGAGGAACUCCGCAGGGAUCUUCAUACAGCUGUAGGCACUACAAAAUGGCAGUUAGAGGAGUUUGAACGGGCUGUCAGGUCGAGUUACGUCAAUGACUCAACUGAUGAUGCUAAAGACAGACAUCGGGACUUCAUAGUCGCAAUUGAGGAUCAGGUCACGAGAGUUCAGAAGUCGUUGCACGAGUCUGCCGUUUCAGAGGGGAAGGAACGGCCCUCCUGGGUGUGGCUCAAUGAAGGAGAGAGCAAAGAGCUUGCUUUGUUCCUUACAGGAACAUCAGCAUCAAAUGAAAACCCGCAAGACAGGGAUGAUGCUGUAGAAAACUCAUUCCAUUCUUCUGAGAAGUCAUAUGGGCAUAGAAGGACCGCUAGUGCAAAUGCCAACAUUGAUGCUUGGAAGAUUGCCAUUCCAGAUGAUAGUCAGUGGCAGCAGAACUCUUCCAGCGGGCAUCCUCCAUUGCCUCCGCGGAAGAUUCCCAGUCUCUCAAGCUUCUUGAAUUCCAUGGACUCCUCACCUUCCAAGUCAAAGUGGUCAAAAAAUGGGUUUAGGAAGUUGAAAGCAGUUGAUCCAAACCAAGAAUGUGAUUCUGCAUCACUGAGAUCGUCUCAACAAGCCAGGGCCACAAAUGCAUGCUACGAGCGGAGCAAGAGUUGCCUAGAUAGUUGUGACGAUUGCUAUGAUAAGCAGCUGUAUGGAUGGUAUGGAGCUGUGCAGAGGCAGCUUCAAAGAUCUCAAUAUCAAAUGCGAUACAGUCGGCCCGCCCAGCUAACCUUUUCAGCCGUUCUCCUAUGCUUGAUAUUUUUAAUCACAUUGCAUGUAAUUUGAGGUGGAGCCACAAUUAUUCAUUCAGAACAGAUUUUUCCGUCCAUUUUUAUAUCUAUUUACCACAUGUAAUUAUCACUAUGAGCGCUUGUUGGUAACUGUUCGGCAAAUGCCUCAGCAUUAGCCUCAGCUCCUCCAUGAUCAAAUGGCAGCUCCAUAGUUACAAACACGUCCCAGUGAGGAUUCCAUUGCUUUCCCUUGGAAGAAAAUUGUACAAUGUAUUGUUUUUAGAGUAAUAUAGGAGAUGCAGAUCGUUAAAGCAAAUGCGAUCUUGUUAGCUUUGCACACGUUGAGUUGUAUUAACAAUGGCUUGGCAGCUUGUAUAUAAUGUAUUAACACCCAUUGUUUCCCCUCAUUGCUAAGGAAUGUUGUCUUUUUUCA